GAGAUAAAUAUAAAUGCCACUUGGAGGUCUGUUGCUCUAAGAGUAAAAACACCUCCAGAGUACUGCAAACAAGCACAUGGUCAGCCAUUGCUGAGUUGACUUUGACUACAGGAAACCACUGCUACCAAAAACGUAACGAUGGGAGAGAUGGGAGACCCAGUUCAGCUGAAAGAGGAAGGCAACAAGCACUUCCAAGCAGGAGAGACUGACAAAGCCAUUGAGUGCUACACAAAAGCCAUCAAGGUCUGCAAGGACAAAAACGCACAGGCUGUCAUCUACAGAAACAGAUCUGCCUGUUUUCUAAAGAAGGAAAAUUAUACCAAUGCUGCUUCAGAUGCCUCCAAAGCCAUAGAUGUAGAUGCCUCUGACAUCAAAGCUCUCUACAGAAGAUGUCAAGCAUUUGAGAAACUGGGGAAACUGGACAUGGCCUUUAAGGAUGUCCAAAGAUGUGCAACACUGGAACCUAAAAACAAGACUUUUCUGGAGACUCUCAGGAGACUCGGAGCUGAGAUCCAACAAAAGCUGAAGACCACCUUCUCCACAGACUCCAGAGUGCAGAAUAUGUUUGACAUCUUGCUAAGUGAUGAAGCAGAUAAAGAUACGAAAGAAAAGGCGGCUAACAACCUAAUUGUCCUGGCUCGAGAAGAUGCCGGCUCGGAAAGAAUCUUCCAGAACAAUGGAGUGGCUCUGCUCAUGCAGCUCAUUGAUACUGGGAAUAUUGAGAUGAUCCUGGCUGCCAUCCGGACCUUGUCUGGAAUGUGUACAGGUCACCGAGCGAGGGCCACUGCUAUCAUCCACACGGUAGGAAUAGACAAACUGAGUAGAAUUAUGGCCAUGGACAAUGAGGAGGUCGCUCUGGCAACCUGCAACUUAUUCCAGGCCGUCUAUGACUCCCUGUCUGGGGCAGAUAGCAGGGUUUAUGGCAAAGAGGAGGCCCUUGUGCUUGACUCAAACAAGGACCUGAAGACUAUUCUGCUCAAAUUGUUGGACAUGAUUGUCAAUAAGAAGGUGUCAGGACAUGGACGAGACCAGGCUCUAAACCUGCUUAGUAGAAACGUGCCCAGAAAGAACAAGAAAGAUUCAGAUCACUCCAAGUCCUUAUUUACAAUUGAUCAUGGCCUGAAGAAGAUUCUGAAGGUGUGUGGUCAGGUGCCUGAAUUGCCCGAUCAGUUGCCCAUGACUGAGAAUACGCAGCUUAUUGCCAGCGUGCUUCUUAACAAGCUCUAUGAUGACUUGCGAUGCGAUCCCGAGAGGGACAACUACAGAGACAUCUGUGAUGAAUACAUCAAGAGCAAAUUUGAUCCCAACGACAUGGACAAAAACAUACAUGCCAUGAACGCUUUAUCAGGCUUAAUGCAGGGGCCAUAUGAUGUGGGAAACAUGCUUGUGGGUCGUCAGGGAGUAAUGGAGAUGAUGGUCGCUCUGUGUGGUUCUGAGCGAGAGGUGGAUCAGCUUGUGGCCAUAGAAGCUCUCAUUCACGCCUCCACCAAAAUGAGCAGAGCUUCCUUCAUCAUCACUAAUGGGGUGUCUUUGCUUAAGGACAUCUACAAGAAGACCAAAAAUGAGAGGAUCAAGAUCAGAGCACUUGUGGGUUUGUGUAAACUGGGCUCAGCUGGAGGUGAUGAUUAUAGCAUGAGACAGUUCGCUGAGGGCUCCACUGAAAAACUGGCCAAGCAGUGCAGAAAAUGGCUAUGCAAUCCCACUCUUGAUGUUCGGACAAGAAAAUGGGCGAUUGAAGGUUUAGCGUACCUGACCAAUGAUGCUGAUGUAAAAGAUGACUUUGUUGAGGAUGAGCCAGCCAUGAGAGCCAUGUUUGAGCUCGCCAAGUCCAAAGAUAAAACCAUCCUGUAUGCCGUCGCCUGUACACUGGUGAACUGCACCAACAGCUAUGAGAAGAAAGAGAUCAUCCCUGAAAUGGUGCAGUUGGCCAAAUUCUCCAAGCAGCACGUACCUGAGCAGCACCCAAAGGACAAGAAGGAUUUCAUUGAGAGGAGAGUGAAAAGGCUCUUGAAAGCUGGAGUGAUAUCAGCACUUGCCGUCAUGGUCAAAGCAGACAGUUCCAUUUUGACUGAUCAAACCAAGGAAAUGCUUGCAAGGGUGUUCCUUGCUUUGGCUGAUGAUCCAAAAGAUCGUGGAACAAUUGUUGCCCAAGGUGGUGGAAAGGCUCUGAUUCCUUUGGCCUUAGAGGGAACAGACACUGGGAAAAUAAAGGCCUCCCAUGCACUGGCUAAGAUUGCAGCCACCUCCAACCCUGAGAUUGCCUUCCCUGGUGAGAGGAUAUAUGAAGUUGUGCGACCACUGGUGUCUCUGCUGAACACAGAAAGAGACGGUAUUCAGAACUACGAGUCGUUAGUGAGUCUCACUAAUUUGGCUGCACUAAACGACAAGCUUCGAGUCAAAAUCCUGAAGGAGAAGGCUCUUCCAGAGAUUGAGAACUACAUGUUUGAGGAGCACGAGCAAAUCAGACAGGCCGCUACAGAGUGCAUGUGCAAUCUUGUGUGCUGUAAAGAGGUUCAGGAGCGGUAUCUGGAGGAUGGUAAUGACAAGCUGAAGCUCCUCAUACUGCUUUGUGGUGAGGAUGAUGAAAAGCUACAGAUUGCAGCAGCUGGUGGAUUGGCCAUGAUCACGGCAGCCGAGAAGAAGCUGUGUGUCAAGAUGACCAAAGUGACUGAGCAGUGGCUUGAGAUCCUCCAGAGGCUGUGCAUCCAUGACAAUCCUCAAAUACAGCACCGAGGCAUUGUGAUCAUCUUCAACAUGCUGGAAGCUGAUGCAGAGUUGGCUAAGAAACUAAUGGAGACAGAGAUUCUGGAGAUCCUUACUUACAUCGCCAAGAUGGAGGACAAUCCCAAGAAACAGGGGGGAAUCGAUGCAGCACGUGCGUGUCUGUCCAAAGCCAUGGAUCUUGGACUUAUCAAGCCUUUCACACAAUAAGACAGGAAGAAAAUCGAUUCAUUGGGAUUUGUAAUUAUUAAUAGUGGCAGAGCAGUGGUGUGUAUAGGUUUUUAGACAUGGAGUGCCAAAGAGGAAGGUAGGGGCACAAGGGCACUAAAGCCAGUUUCACACUAUGUGGUUAUAGCAGUCUAUUAAGAUUUUAUUAUUUGUCACACUUUUGCAUCAUCCAUGCUGUCCCCCUAUUGGUAGCUUUUAGACAAACAUACUGAAUCUGCCAGAACUUUGUACUAGCUAUCUUCUGUCACAAUGGCACUAAAGACUUCAGAUUUUUGUUUGUGGCAGCAAAAUUGGGCCAAUAAUCAUACAGUGUAAAGCCGGCUUAAGGGGUGACACCACCAAAUAAUGUAUGCGCCAUUGUUAUGUUUGCAGAAUAUCUGAUUUCCUCCUUAGUUAGCCACAUGUCAUUAGUGUAGCGGCUUCAUAGUCGCUAUGUAUUAUCCAUAAGGUAUUUGACUUUCAAUACUAUAAAAGAUAUCCUACUAGAUAUAAGUCUGCAUUCACUGGGUGUGUCUCGAUCAGCUCCCUAGCUCCCUAGGUUGUAAAUCAGUAUAUCUUAUAUCAGUAUAUACAGUAUAUCGGCACUGGUAAGGAUCCUGGCUCACUACACAUUGGGACACUGAUACCUCAAUUUCCGGUGACAUGAGUACGUACUUGCAUUGUAAAAUGUCAACAAAAAUGAAAAACUUAAAUAUAUAAAUAUUUUAUAUGUUAUAAAUGUGUUAGCUUUUUUGUUACACAAACUUUAAAAAAAAAAGGAUAAAAAAAAUAAUGAAACACUUGAAAAUAGUUAGACUCAAACAAACCAUAUAUUGAAAUUAAGUUAAAGUGUAGCGCUACAACAAUUAUAACAAGCUACUUACAUUUGUUGACGAAGUUGGCUGCUAAUUUGUUCCCCAUUUUUUCGAUCUGAAAAACUUCAGAAUAUUUUUUAGCUUUUAAUUUUUGGUAUGACGUCAUUUCCAGUAAGGGAACAAAGUGGGCAUCGAUGCUCCCUGGUUUCUGCGGUGCAUUAUGGGAUUUUUUUUACAGAGCAAAUGUUCCAGUGCACUGGAAGGAUUUUGAGAUUGGGACAGCCCUUAAAAUGGCCGACUCCCUGAUCAGUGCCCUGACUACUGAACUAGGGAGCUGAUUGUGACAUAUUCAGUAAUAGGUGGUGCCCAUGAGGCCACUCCCCUGCCUCUGAGACUGCUCUACUUUCUGGGAAAGUGGAAGUAUUAGGAAGGCUCUGACAGGAAAUAUUCUGUCAGUAAUGCAUGAAUGUUUAGUGUGUUUUGUGUUCACCGUUUUAAUUGCUUUUCAUUUGAUUUAUAUUUUUAUUUUAAAUCACUAAGUUCUAUGUAUUUUACUUAUAUGUUUAUGUAAAAAAAAAAAAAAAAUAGAGAGAUUUUUGACAAA